AUGGAGCAGCUAGCCGAGGACGUGAAGGGGAUGCCUAUCUGGCACCUACAGGGCGGGCAGGGAAAGGGGGAGCGGGUCAGAGCCUCAGCCGCUGGAGUGGACAGAGGGUUCUGCCCAUGCGCAAAAGGCACCGAGAACUACAUUUCCCAGAAGACACUGCAGACCGCACACUGGGCGGAGUUCCGUGGCGGUCUGAGGCCUACGUCACUUCCGGCACUGCCCCUCGAACUCGCUUUGGCAGCUUCGGCUCUGUUCUGCCUCGUCCUGAGCUGCUGCCGGGUCCGAGUCCCGAGUCUCAGGCCGGGCUGGCCAUCCCGGGGACUGCCUGGAGGAGGAGAAGCGGGGAUGGCGGCCGGCGCCCAGCAGGGUGCCGUGACCUUCCGGGACGUGGCCGUGGACUUCUCCCCGGAUGAGUGGCGCCACCUGGGCCCGGCCCAGAAGGAGCUGUACCGGGAGGUGAUGCUGGAGAACUACCGGAGCCUGGCGUGGCUGGGACUCGAAGUGUGCAAACCACACGUGAUCCAGCGGUUGGAGUGCGGGGAGGCGCCUUGGACGCCGCAGGGAGGUGUCCCGGGGAGCUGCGCUCCAGAUUGGGAGGCUACACUUGAAACCAUGGAUUCAUAUCGAAAGCUGGACCUCUCCAGGGAAGAUUCCUUCCCGGAGAGACUCAGGAGGGAUGGUGUUGCUGCCUUCAAAUUGAGAAAGGUCUUCAAUUUGGAUGCCAGGUCAGAAAGGCAGCAAGUUAAUGAGGAGAAAUCUCUUCAGCAAACAAAAUUCAUCCAAAGCAACCUUCCCCAUGAAGUACAAGGGCAUAAAUAUAAUAAAUAUAGCAAAAACUUCAGUCUAGAACCAAUAAUUUUUCCACAACAGAGUAGAAAUAUAGGAAACAGUCUACAUCAAUGUGAUAUGGUCCAAAAGAACUUUAACUUGUAUUCCGACAUUAGGAGUUUUAACCAAAUCUGUGUUAAACAGGUAUUUUCUAAGUACAAUGAAUUUCAGCAUUCCUUUAGUUACAUUUCAAACCUUCCUGAGAAUUGUCUGAUACCUUCUACGGGGAAACCCCAUGAACAUAAUGAAUGUAACACCUUAUUCCUGAACUCACAGCUUCAAAGAAUUCAUACUGGAUGGGAAACUUAUGAAUCAAAUGAAUGUGGGAAGGCCCUCGGAAAGAACUCAGAGUUUCUUGAGCACCAAUCCGUUCAUUCUGGAGAGAAACCUUUUGAAGUUAAUGAAUAUGAAAAGGUCCUCCAGCCAAGCACAAAUCAUACUGAACAUCAAUUAGUUCAUGCUGGAGAGAUACCUUGCAAAUGUAAUAAAUGCAGUAAAGCAUUUUUCUCAAACUCACAACUUAAUGUACAUCAGAGAGUGCACACUGGAGAAAAACGUUUUAAAUGUAAUGAAUGUGGCAAAGUCUUCCGCCAGAAAGCAAAACUUAAUAUUCAUAUAAGAAUUCAUACUGGAGAGAAACCUUUUGAAUGUAAUGAAUGUGGAAAGGCCUUCCGUGAGAGCUCAGAUCUUACUCUACAUCAGAGAAUUCACACUGGAGAGAAGCCUUAUAAAUGUAGUGAAUGUGGGAGGGCCUUCAGGCGAAGCAAAAAUCUUACUCUCCAUUGGAGAAUUCACACUGGAGAGAGACCUUUUGAAUGCAAUGAAUGUGGGAAAGCUUUUCGCCAGAGCUCAGACCUUUCUCAACAUCAGAGAAUUCAUACUGGAGAGAAGCCUUAUGAAUGUAAGGAAUGUGGAAAUGUCUUCCGCCAGAGUUCACAUCUUAUUCUACAUCAGAGAAUUCAUACUGGAGAGAAACCAUAUGAAUGUAGUGAGUGUGGAAAGGCAUUUCGCUUGGGCUCACAGCGUAAUGUACACCAGAGAAUUCAUACUGGUGAGAAACCAUAUGAAUGUAAUGAAUGUGGGAAGGCCUUUCGCAAGAGCUCAUACCUUACUCAACAUCAGAGAAUUCAUACUGGAGAGAAACCAUAUAAAUGUAGCGAAUGUGGGAAAUCUUUCAAUCGACGUAGAAACCUUACUUUCCAUCAGAGAAUUCACACUGGUGAGAAACCUUAUGAAUGUAAUGAGUGUGGGAAAACCUUCACCUCAAACAGAAACCUUACUCUUCAUCAGAAAGUUCAUACCGGGAAGACAACAUAAAAACUUAAUGUUUUUGAGAAAUGAGAUCAGAUUUUACUGAGAAUUGGAGAACUCAUAAUGGAGGGCAACCUCAUUGGUGGGAAAAUAAUUGGAAGAUCUCCCACCAGAGCACAAAGCUUACUAAACCUCAGUCCAUUUGUGGAACCAUAUAAAUCUAGUGAAUAUGAGAGGGCACAUCCUUUGUUCAAAGUUUGUGCACACCAGAGAAUUCACAAUGGAAUUCCUUAGGAAUGGAAUGACUAGGAAGUUCUAUCAGAACUGCUUCCUUUCCUCUGUAUCAGAAUUCAUAUUUAGAGGAACCUUCUGAAAGGGAAGAGCCUACCAUCUUAGAACCCUUAAUCCUUCUUAGGGAAUUCACCCUGGUGUGCAUCUAUAUGAAUAAUCAAUUAAUAAGCAUUUAGGAAUAAGCCAAAUACUGUACUGAUUCCUAGAGAUAAGGGAAAAACAACAACAACAACAAAGUCCCUCCAUUGAAGAAGCUUAUAUCUUAUUGGGGAGAUAUCACAUAAAUAGCUAUAUAUUUGCCAGAAUUGUUGGAAGGUAACUAGAAAGAAAGGAGCAGCUGGGGGAGGCUGCAGUGUGGAGGAGCCCCUGUGUAUGAGGUGGCAUUUUGAGCUUAAUCCUGAAGGAAGACAUUCCGAGUUGAAGGAUCUGGGGAUGGUGGGUAUUCUUGGCACAAGAUGAGAACUAGUACAAUGACAUGCAAGUAAGAGGUAGAGUUUCAUGUGUGAGAAAUAGCAAUUGGGCCAGUGUACCUGGUCUAGGAGGUACAGAAAGGGUAGUAAUGGUAGGAAGGCUGGAGAAGUGGGAAGAAGCCAGGUUGUGAAGAGCUUUACAUUUCAGAGGAAUUCCUGUUUGCUCCUGGCUAUAAUAAGAAUCUAUUAGAUGUAUUUUGGGCUCAGGGUAGGAGGACAGAUGGGUGUACCAUUCUCAAAAUUGCCCUUUGGGGAAAUAAUUUUGGUUGUAGUUGAGAGGAUGAAGUGACUGGGAAGAAACUGGAAGCAAGAACUGUAAUUAUGAGGCAGCUGCAGAGUCCAGGUGAGAGAUUAGGAGUAUCUGGAUGGGGGUUUCCCUUCAUGUGAGUGCAGAGAAGGGGGGCUAUGUGAUAGGUGGUGUGGGAACAAGACAGACAGGAUUUGGCACUCUAUGUGGAGGAAGAGUGGGAAAUUUGAAUCUUCAUGCCUGAAAAAAUGGUGGCACCUUUAUUAGUAACAAAGAGGUUUGGAUUGUGGAAGAGUCCAUUUUGAAUAGGCAAUUACUGACAGUCUUGGAAUUUAAGUCUAAAGAGGUCCAAUGAUAUGAAUCUGUUUGCAUAGAGAUGAUAACCACACAUAGAAAUGAUGAGAUCACUUUGGGUAUAUAUAUAUAUAUAGAGAGAAGACCCUCUGAACCUUAGGGGACACUCACAGUUAAUAGCCUGAAAAUGAAUGAGGAUAUAACAAAGAAAAUGGAGAAGGACCAAUCAGAUAGGAAGCAAUGGAGGUAGUAGCUUGGAGACCCAGAUUAACAAAGCCAAAUGCUGCCCAGAAGUCUAAAGGGAGAAGGCCUCAGGGACAGCAUCAAGAUUUCAUAAUUAAGAGGUCAUUGAUAACUUUGGAGAGAGCUACAUUGCAGAAGGUUUAAAGGAGUAAAGAGAGGAAUAGCAGGCGUUACAGCCUGGGAAGUACUCAGAGGUAGAAAGAAUUAGAAGUCACAGUGAGGACAAAAAAACAGUUCAGAGAGUAAAGAAUGGGGAAAGCUGGAGCAAUAAGCCAUGAUAUUACAAAGGAAAAUGAGUUCUUGAAGGUAAAAUUAAAACCCUUGUGGAUGAUAGCAAUAUGGAGGCCAUGCCCUUCCCUAUACAUGGCUGAGAUGGAGUGGAGGAAUAGGGCAUUGUUUUCGAGUGGACUAAGAGCCUGGGAAAUUGGGGUGACUGAGGGAACAUCUGCAUGUAUGUUGAAAUCCUCUAGUAUGAGGGCAGGGUCAAGAGGUGACUGAACCAAGCACUAAACUUGAGAAAAAGUCCUCAUUUCAGUAGGUCAGAAAGUCCCCUGGGAUCUGGUCCGAAUGAUCAUUUUGGAUGUAAUAAAGGUCAAGAAAGGAGAGACUGAGUGAUGGUGGCAAAGGUGAGUGUUGUGGGGAGCAAAGCAUGGGUUAUGCUCCCCCUGGGACCAGUGAGUUGAUGUGAAGAGACUCUGGACUUCCUAAUUAACUGUAUCAGACUUCCAGGCAUUCAUUCUACGUGGAUUGAUUCCCCCAAAGCUAGCAUACUUGACCUCAUUUCCAUCUCAGCAACGAUACUAAACCUCUUGACUGUCAAAGAACAACCUCCCCACC